GCAGGUGGCUCGCGUCACCGCUGCGGGCUUUGGCGCUGGCUUUGCGGCGUAGCGGGACUACGUCUCUCGGGAGAAGUACCACAGGCGACUGUCGCCUGACUGGGGAGGUGACGAGGCCCCACGCCGCUGAAACAACACUGUGGAAGUUUCUGGGCACUUAGGACUCUCGUUAAAUAUCCCGAGAGCGGAAUCUCUCCCCAGUUUGCCCCGACUUUCCCCACAGCACCCUCUUCGCUGGGAACGAGUCAGGAAGUAGCCACCCUGCCUCUGCUGCUAGAUGAUCGGAAAGUUCAGUGAUUUGGACUAAGUGCCAACAAGGGAUUUUCUGUCAUUGGUUUUUGUGCUUGCGGCAUUCCUCAGAUUCUUUUCACGUCCACGUGUACUGUAAAAACUACAUUCAGGUUUUAAACAUGAAGCAAUUGAAAAGGAAAAGGAAAAGCAAUUUUAGCGUUCAAGAAACUCAGACACUUUUGAAAGAAAUUACCAAAAGGAAAGAAGUCAUUUUUUCUAAGCAGCUCAACACAACAAUUAACGUGAUGAAGCGAAUGGCCUGGGAGGAGAUUGCACAGUGUGUGAAUGCUGUAGGAGAAGGAGAACAGAGGACAGGGACGGAAGUGAAAAGAAGGUACCUGGACUGGCGUGCGCUUAUGAAGAGAAAGAGGAUGAAGGCAAACAUUAAGCUGGUUGGGUCAGGGUUUCCCCUUCCCACCUCCGAUUUAGAUGACUCUCUUACUGAGGACAUUGAUGAAAAGAUUGCCUUCCGAAAUGAUGCAAAUUUUGACUGGCAAAAUGUGGCAGAUUUCAGAGAUGCAGGUGGAUCCUUAACAGAGGUCAAAGUGGAAGAGGAAGAACGGGAUCCCCAGAGUCCUGAAUUUGAAAUUGAGGAGGAAGAGGAAAUGUUGUCUUCUGUCAUACCAGAGUCCAGGAGGGAAAAUGAACUUCCUGAUUUCCCCCACAUUGAUGAGUUUUUUACCCUGAACUCGACACCAUCUAGACCUGCAUAUGAUGAACCCCAUUUGCUUGUAAACAUAGAGAAACAGAAACUAGAACUGGAAAAACGACGACUGGAUAUUGAGGCUGAACGACUGCAGGUGGAAAAGGAACGCCUGCAGAUUGAAAAGGAGAGGCUGCGGCAUUUAGACAUGGAGCACGAGCGGCUUCAGCUGGAGAAGGAGCGGCUGCAGAUCGAAAGAGAGAAGCUGCGGUUGCAGAUAGUCAAUUCGGAGAAGCCAUCUUUGGAAAAUGAACUUGGCCAAGGGGAAAAGUCCGUACUUCAACCACAGGACAUUGAAACAGAGAAAUUGAAACUUGAGCGAGAACGCUUGCAACUGGAAAAGGAUAGGCUGCAAUUUUUGAAGUUUGAAUCAGAGAAGCUGCAGAUUGAGAAGGAGCGCUUACAAGUAGAGAAAGAGAGACUUCGGAUUCAGAAGGAGGGACAUUUACAGUGACCUUCUCAGGUCUCCUUUAGCAAAUAUUUCUAAAUUGUAGGUUUUUCUCAUACCAGGAGAUAGAAAGAUGGUUACUGGAUUACCUGUUCUCCCCCCACUCCCUGUGUCUAAUGUCAGUGUUUUCCAUAGGAAAAAGAUAAUUAUACGUGGGUAACUGUAUGCUUCUGUAGUAUAUUAUAUAUUAAAAAAAAAAAACCCUUUUGUGCCCCAGCAUAAACAGUAUAGCAGAAACUUACUGUGCUAGACUCUAAGUUAGGAAUAUUAUAGUAUUUGUGCACCCAGAGUUUACAAUUAUAUCUAUGUAAAUUCUAUCCCAGUGGUUCUCAACCAGGAGUGAUUUGGGCCCCCAGAAAAUGUUUGGAAAUGUCAGGAGACAUUUCUGGUUUUUAAAACUGGGGUAGAGGCAGGUUGAUACUGGCAUCUAGUGUGAAGAGGCCAGUGAAGUUCCUAAACGUCUUGUACACAGCACGUCUCCCUCACAGGAAAGAAUUUCCCAACCCAAGAUGUCAUUAGUGCCAAAUUUGAGAAACACUGUCCUUAGCCUAACUGCACCUCUAUAGCUAUGUUUUAUAGUUUUAGAAUAUUAAAAUUUCAGAUAUAUAUGUGGGUAGGUAUUUAAAUGGCUAGAAACUUUAAACUACGAAACACUGUAGUGUACUGAAUAUGGAAAGUGGUGAAAAUUAUAGAUAUUUUAUUCCCAUGUUUUCAUCUUUAAACAGCUUUCUGAGGUUCAGAAAACGGUGUAGGGAACAUCCAAAACUGCCUAAAAUGAUUCACUUUGAGAACCAGUUUGUUCAUCUAGCUAUGGAUGAUUUAGAAGCAGUAUACGAUUUUGAAGCUUUAGUUCCCUGUCUUUUUUGAAUCCAUUGUCUUAGUUUUAAUACAAAAAUUGUUAUUUCAACCAUGUAAGUGAGUCACUGAAGCUAGUGAAAGUGACACCAGUAUAAAAAUUGUACCAGUAGCCCAUGAACUCAAACCUGAGUGAGUGAGUUACUUUUAAAAUAAAUAAUAGCAGCUAUUUUGGACUUUGGGGUGGGUCCGUAUGUCCUCUGCAUCAAAUGAUAAUGAUGUUAAAAUGAUCAUCUCUGUAGCUGUGUUAUGGAUUGUUGGAAGCACUUAGCACACACAGUCUGACAUGGAGUAAUACAUGAGAGUAUUAUCUUGUUAUUCUUGUAUUUUCUUUUUGCCCCCCCCCCCCCCCCCCUCGAGGAACAAAGUUUGUAUCUUAAGUUGCUUUGGUGUUUAUUCUGAAACCAAGGGCUUGCCUCACCUGGUGAUUUGCCUCUUGUUCCCUGUUCUCAGCAAUGCGGGUGAUUCUGAUGCAUCCUCCAAUUGACAGUGGCUGCACAAGACCAUUUUCUGUUUUCUGAUUUACAGGACUGAUAUGUAGCUUUAAUAAAUCUCUUCUCUUGAAAGAUAUUACUUUGAUUCUACAGUGGUUCCUUUUUAAUUUAAGAAUGGCCUAAAAUCACGUGUUGACAUUUGAGUAUACGUAUGCAAGGGAAAAAAUACACUUCUGCUUAUUUACCCUGAUGUUGAAAUAGUGUUAUUUUUCUAUAACUGCAAUAAAUGCUUCUUCUGUAGAAAUAAA